AUGACAACAAAUGAUCCACAAUUAAAGGAUAUUGGAAAGGAGCGUGGAUUGGAAAUAUGGCGAAUUGAGACAAAAAAUCCAGGCGAAUGGAAUGUUCAUUUUUGGCUGGGAAAUGAAACAACUCAGGAUGAAAAAGGAGCAGCAGCAAUUAUGACUGUACAAAUUGAUGAUGCACUUAAUGGGUUACCUGUACAAUAUCGCGAGGUUCAAGGACAUGAGUCACCGCUGUUUUUAUCUUAUUUCAAGGAUGGCAUACGUUAUCUGAAAGGAGGGGUAGCGUCUGGUUUCACACAUGUCAUUGAUGAAUACAAAAAUUGGAAACCAAAAUUAUUCCAAUGCAAAGGAAAGCGGAAUGUACGAUGUACAGAG